AUAACUAGUGCUGAAGUUGUGUUUGAGCAACAAUCUUGUGACUGAGCUCACAGAGAACAGGUCGUUUCACGUGGGGCUUUUAUCGUCGUGGUUGUAACUUGAAGGGAAACGCAGCUGAACACAGGAAUGGGAGUUUUCACCUGAUCUCUGAUUGGACCCCGGUGACUCACUGCAGCUCCAGGGAAGGGUGUCAUGUCAGGGAACACAUUUCCCUUCACAUCCACGACACUGCGCUCUCUGAGACUGGAGCAGGAUUUUCAGGACUGGGAGAAUGCUCGACGAGCGUUGGCCCAGAGGAGGGCCCUGACCCGGGCCCCGCUGCCCCGAGCUCCGAGGCCUCCUCCCAGGGAGCAGCAGCGGCUCCAGGAAGUCCGGGCCCCUCUGCCCCAGGUCCGCUGUAGGGACACGGCCAUCCACAACACCUUCAUGUUUGGAGACAUGAGGGGAGUGUAUGCGGUGCUGAAGGACCCAGGGAUGGUCAACGCCCUGAUGGAGACGGUGCAGGAGGAGAUGGUGUGGACUCCAGAGAUGGGCAUGUGGACGCUGAGCUCCAGGGUGAAACAGACCUCGGCGUUACGUCUGGCUGCCAGCAGAGGACACGCCGGCUGUGUGGAGGAGCUGCUGUUUCGUGGAGCCGAGGUGAACGACGACCCCGGAGGCCACAGCGCCCUCCACGACGCCUGCAUAGGCGGCCACGCUGUGUGCGUCAGGCUGCUGCUGUCCCAUGGAGCAGACCCUGAGGGUUUGACUGCAGACGGCAGCGCUCCUCUUCACCUCUGCAACUCUGCACAGUCUCUCCAGUGUGCCGAGUUGCUGUUAGAUGGAGGUGCAGAGGUCGACGUGAGGAUGGGGGAGUCAAGGCUCACACCUCUGCACGUGGCGGCUCGGCGAGGCCUGGAGGAGCACGUGGAGCUCUUCCUGACCCACAGGGCGGACGUGCUGGUCACGAACAGAGAGGGGGAGACCCCUCUGAACGCCGCUUGCUCUGUAGCCGAGAGGCCGUCCGAGUCCGGCCGCUACCUCAGAGUGAUUCAAAUGCUGCUGGACGCAGGAGCUGACCCCAGAACUGCGGGCAGGAAGCAGCACACACCCCUGCACAACGCCUGCGCCAACUGCUGCUCCAGGAUCGUAGACGUCCUCCUGCAGCACGGAGCAAAGGUUAACGUCGAAAACUGUGCAGGAUUCACACCGAUGGACUGUCUGCUGCAGGUGGUGGAAGAUUACUUGGACCAGCAGCCAGAAGAAGUGGCACGAUCCCUUCUCAACCACGGAGCCAAGACCGUUUCACCAAAGAUGCUGAAGCAGUGUGUCCUCUCUCCUGCCACCCUGGAGGUGAUGCUGAACUCGUACACGUCCGUCCCUCCCUGUGAAUGGAUUGACGCCGUGUCUGAUGACAUAAAUGAGGACCAUCGGCCUUUCUUCAAGCUGGUGCGUCAGCGGAGCGGCCAGCCUCGCUCUCUGCAGCAUCUGUGUCGAUGUGCUCUACGCCUGCACCUCGGGGCCCGGUGUCGCUCUGCAGUCAGUAAACUGGACAUUCCCAGCUCUGUGAGGGAUUAUGUGCUGCUGUGUAAUGACGGGACGCUCAACUGACUUUGUGUUGAAUGAUCUUAACAGGGUGGUGCUCUGACAUGUACGGAUAAAAACCUGUUUCGGUUAAUCUAUCUUUUUUAAUCCAACACACGUUUUUUUGGAGUGUUUUUAAUGUGACUGUUGUUUGGACAGUGUAUCAUUUGAAAAAGUAUACUAAUUUUAUGUGUAAUGUCUGGAUGAAAAUACAAGCAACUUUACCACCUCAUGAA